AUGGACAGUGAACUCAAGCUGUCCCAUAAAGCCAAAAAACGUAUCAAGGAAGUUAAAAGGAAGGCUAGACCCGAAUUAGCAGACAAGUACCAAUGGACUGCCUUAAAGUAUGCAACAAGCUUUGAUGAAUUCCUCAAGUGUAAUGACAAUGUUGACAGAAUAAGCGAAAAUGAAGUGUCUCCAGAUGAAUUUAUAGAGAAAUAUGAAAAAAUAUACAAACCAGUAGUUAUAACUAAUGUACAGACAAAUUGGAAGGCAAAUCAUAAAUGGACUUUAGAUAGACUUGCCAAAAAGUAUAGAAACCAGAAAUUUAAAUGCGGGGAAGACAAUGAGGGUUACAGUGUUAAGAUGAAGAUGAAGUAUUACGUAGAGUACAUGAGGACAACGACUGAUGACAGUCCCCUUUAUAUUUUUGAUAGCAGUUUUGGAGAGCAUGUGAGGAGAAAGAAACUUUUGGAAGAUUAUGAUGUCCCUUUGUAUUUUAGGGAUGACUUGUUUAAAUAUUGCGGUGAGGAAAGGAGGCCACCAUAUCGCUGGUUUGUGAUGGGACCGCAGCGUUCUGGUACUGGCAUCCAUAUAGAUCCUCUUGGAACAAGUGCCUGGAAUGCUUUGGUAUUUGGUCAUAAAAGAUGGUGCUUAUUCCCAACCCAAACUCCUAGAGAAUUGAUUAAGGUGACUGGAGCAAUGGGUGGAAAACAAAGAGAUGAAGCUGUCACAUGGUUCAAACUUAUUUAUCCUAAGACUCAGCUAGAUACUUGGCCCAAAGAAUAUAAACCGGUGGAAAUUCUUCAGAAACCGGGUGAGACAGUGUUUGUACCUGGAGGCUGGUGGCAUGUUGUGCUCAACUUGGACGAUACAGUGGCUGUCACUCAAAACUUUUGUAGCCGAACCAACUUCCCAGUGGUCUGGCACAAAACUGUGCGCGGGCGCCCUAAACUCUCCAAAAAGUGGAUCAAAGUACUGGAGACCAAAGAACCUGAUUUGUACAAGAUUGCUAGUGGCAUGGACUUGAGUCAGGGCACUGGUGUAGCCUCAGACAGUUCAUCUAAUAGUAGUUCUUCCAGUAGCGAUAGUGAUAGCAGCUCUUCAGAUAGUUCAGAAGAAGACAGUGGCCAGGAAAGCAUCACUGCCCACAAGAAAAAACGAAGAAGAAAAAUGUAA